CCCGUAUCAAUUGCAGGAGCAGAGAAUUAGCUGGGACUCAAAAUAAAAGCACGGCAGAAAAACACAACAUAAAACUCGGCUUUCUAUGACACGGUCAUGAAUAUCCUGCCCAUCGUCGUGUUUCAGGAGUUUUGCCACUUUCAGACUUUAAACCCAAUGCAACUGGGUGGAUCGGAAGCCUGAAUGAAUCUCAACUGUAUUUCUGCGUGAAGACGGAAGAAUCAGUGAGCCCCUGGAUUGCAACACGGGUUCAGCGACACAUACCCAACACUUCGCACAAUGACGGUUGAUAAUCAGAAUCUGGAGUCCGGAGCCAUGAGAUUCGAGGUUAUCAAAGCUGCGCUGAAAGGCGGCGCCGCUGCUCGGCUGGGCCGUCUGGCGUUUGCAAGGAGACUACCCAUCGAUACACCCAACUAUAUGGGAGUCACCUCGCGCGGCGCCCUGCCGCAUCUCACCCCGGACAACGUGAGCAAGCACUUGGAGACAACCGGCGCAUAUAUGGCGCUGGAGGAUUUCAUCGAGCGGCCUCAGCAAUACGCCAAGAGGACGCCCCCUAUCUAUGAGACCCCGACAACAACAAAACACAACACGCGCCUCCACAGCUUUACUGCCUUGCCGCAGUCGGUCACCACCGUCCUCAGCGCCCGCCGCCUUCCCGCUGUUGCUUCUCCCAUGGGCAACACCAACGCCUCCGUGUCCGUCUUCACUUCGACAGGCUUCCAGGUUCUCACCACCAAAGAGUACCUGUCAGCCGUGAAGACCCUCACACCCGACAUCGCCAUUCCCCCGGCAGACCUCACCCACAGCCCCAUCACGCCCAACUCCAAACGCGCCCUGCGCAUGGCCGAGCGCACCGACGAGUGGGUAGUCGACUGGUUCUCAGAGCUCUCCGACUCCAACAACCCCAGGAUAUCCACCUUCGCCCCCGUCCUGCCUGUGUCCUACUCCAUCCAAUGGGAAUACAUCUCACGCCUCGCCGAAGACUACCUCCCGACAUCCCAGCUCUCAGGCUUAGCCAUCUACGACGCCGACCUCCUGCCCGACCUAGCUGAGCACUGCGCCGCCCUCGUCCCACUCCCGCGCCUCUCCCUCGCCGACCCGCCCACGCCCCACCACAUCCUCCGCCAAAUCACCCUUGGAAUCGACCUCUUCGCGCUCCCAUUCAUCAACACCAUCUCCGACGCCGGCCUGGCCCUCUCCUUCACCUUCCCCCCACCCACCACCACCAAUACCUCCUCCGUUUCUGAGAGCAGCAGCAGUUGUACAGGCGGCCCCUCCCCGCUAGCAAUCGAUCUCUCCCUCCCCGCGCACGCCACCUCUCUCCUGCCCCUCACUCCCAACUGCACCUGCUACGCCUGCACAUCCCACCACCGCGCAUACAUCCACCACCUCCUGUCCGCGCGCGAAAUGCUCGGCUGGACGCUGCUGCAGAUCCACAACCACGCCAUUAUGUCGGCCUUCUUCGCCGGCGUGCGAUCGAUGCUCGCCCAAGGGGUGGCACAGGAGGGGAACUUCGACGAGGCGGUCCGGCGGUUCACGCUGGCUUACGAACCCGAGUUUCCCGAGGGUGUUGGGCAGCGGCCUAGGGCGAGGGGGUAUCAGUACAAGAGUGUUGGUGGUGGGGAGGGGAGGAGGAAUAAACCAGCUUGGAGCAAGUUGGAUGGGAAGGCGCAGGAUGAGGAGGAUGGAAGGAUAGAAGCUUGAUCAGGGGAGAUAGGUUGUAUUACUCGGAUAAUAGGUCUGUGAAAUACGCGGUAUGCCCGAUAGAGCAUUUGAUAGAGUGAGGUAUGAGCGCGGCCGGGGAUAGACUUGGUUGAUGGAAGCACGCAUUUACGAUACCAACAGUCGGUUUGACACAGUUGUAUAGCUUCUUCUGUUUCCU